AUGAAGUUCUCCACUACUGCUAUCAUCGCCGCUGCUGCUUCCUUGGUUUCCGCCGCUCCAGCUCCCUCCCCAACAGUCUCUGCUGUGCCAUCCGCUGUUGAGAGCUCUUUCGGUGUUCCAACUGAGGCAAUCAUUGGUCAGUUCUCCUUCGACUCUGAUGAGUACCCAUUGUCGGUUACCUACGGUGACCACCGCUAUGUGAUCUUGCUUAACUCCACUAUCAUGGAGCAGGCCUACGCCUCCCUUCCUGGUGACAAGCACAAGAGAGAGGCUGAUGCUGGUUGGGGCUGGUUGAGAUUCAUGCCAGGCGAACCAUUCGUCAAGAGAGACGCUGAGGCUGAGGCCGGCUGGGGCUGGUUGAGAUUCAUGCCUGGCGAGCCUUUUGUCAAGAGAGAUGCCGAGGCUGACGCUGAAGCCGGCUGGGGUUGGUUGAGAUUUAUGCCAGGUGAGCCAUUUGUGAAGAGAGAUGCCGAAGCUGAUGCUGGCUGGGGCUGGUUGAGAUUCAUGCCAGGUGAGCCAUUUGUCAAGAGAGACGCCGACGCUGAGGCUGGCUGGGGCUGGUUGAGAUUCAUGCCAGGUGAGCCUUUCGUCAAGAGAGAGGUCGAGGCUGACCUUGAGGGUUAA